CCAGAAUUCAGCCCAGUUGGGAUCGUUUUUUGUCACACUUGACUCCUCAAUUAUAGCCGUUUGCUUUCGUUGCAGCUAAUUAAUCAACCUUAACCUUUUGCUUGCAUAUUAUUGUGGCAGGAUUAGGCCAGGUCACUUAACGGUGCAUCUCGACUUCCCCUUGAUUCUGAACUGGUGUAGACACUGAGGUUGCGUGAAUCACCUGGCUCACCCUGCUCACCCUCUUAAAGUGGCCACGUCCAAAUAAUGUAAGAAAGAUGAUAGAAAUAUCUUGAGAUCUCACAACUCGAAGUACCAAGGACACGUGUGGUGGGAGUGCUUUCCAGCCACAACAAUUGGAUUUCUCAAAGGUUCUCUCUCAUCUUCCAAAAACUGAACUCUUGAAGAGUCUGUCAUACGACUUGAUUUAGCUUGACAGAGCAGUGAUCAACUAUGCACAGAAUACGAAACGACCUUUUGAAGUUGUCCUUCUUGCCUUCAAAACCCAUGUCUAGGAAUAUCUCUCUGACAUGUCGUGGGGAGCCCAUCCAGAAUCAGCAACUUUUCGAAUACACGAACGGACGGUUCCUAGUCAAUGAGAAACACGAACAAUCAAAACGAUAUGUCAAUUUUGAUCUUGACGCGCUCUGCGCACUGGUUUCAUCUUUGCCCUCUAUCUCUUCACCUAUAUCCAAAAUCGAUAAAAUGGAAGGCGGCUUUAACAAAGCCAUGUUGAUGACUGCAGAGAAUGGAAAGGAGGUGAUUGCGAAGAUCCCAUUUCCAAGUAUUGUGCCAUCAGAGUAUAGCACUGCGUCUGAAGCGGCUGUUUUGGAAUUGGUUAAAGGGGAACCCACGACUAUUGUCGGCAUAAUAGACUGGCAAUUUGUGUCAAUCAUGCCUCUAUUUAUGCAAGCCCAGACCCACCCGCCUGAACAUUACAAAGUUGGCAUUGUCAAACCAGAUCUACCACCAAACUUUGACGAAAUGGACCCAGAUGAAAAAGCUUUUGCGGUGACAGAGAGAGACCAAGCUCUACGAUCAAAGUGUUAUGAAGCGGCACUUGCCAAGAACCACCUUGACUCAUACUUAGCUUUGACUCAAGUCGAUGCAGCAACCCGAAAUUUGCUCUCAUUCGCCGAAAGCACGUGGAAGGAUGGAAUAGUCCCACUACGCGAUUCUCUGAUGCAGAUAUCGGAAAACUGGCAUCAAAUCGGCUUUUCAACCCCAUGCCCUUAUCAAAUUACAAGUGACGAUUUAUUAAAGCACAAGCUUGAGCUUUCUCGGUACAAGGACUGGCAUAAACUAAAAGCAUAUACACAAGAGCUGUUGCAUUCAGAUGAUGACGGCUGGGUACCUCCUCAGCUUGACUUUGACAAAGUUCAGGCACGACAUAAUGAACUAUUUGAACUUUAUAUCCAACAUGAAUCAGAGCAGUUACCAGAACAGGAAGCAAAGAAGCUUUGGUUCUAUAUCGACAGAAUGUGAUGAACCAGGACACAUGAAUGUAAAGACGCAUGGAUUCAGACCAGAAGCGGGCUCCCUAUCUGGCAUGUGAAUUCCGAGGGAAAAUAAUGGAACGAUCAGGGUUG